CCCCGCCCGUGUCCCCUGAUUGGCCUGUGAUGGUCCACACCCUCGGCGCGGUCCCGCCCCCGGGAUUAGAGGCCGGCUGGGUUCUGGAACGCUCAGUCGUCUCGCUGGGCGGGAAUUAGCUCGCGUUCUUUCGUCCGGGUCUUCGUGGUUCGCAGCCGGCGUUCCCUGGACACCUGCGCUCUCUGCAGGCGUCGGGAUUCCUGCGGCGUUCCCUCUCGCCCUCCGGUUCGUACGGGGGUGAGAAAGGGUGGGCCGUCGAUCCCGGGAUCCUCGACGGGACCCCGCUUCGCGCCUCUGAGCCGUCGCAGGGCGAGAUGAGCGCGGACGCGGCGGCCGGGGCCCCUCUGCCCCGGCUCUGCUGCCUGGAGAAGGGUCCGAAUGGCUACGGCUUCCACUUGCACGGGGAGAAGGGCAAGGUGGGCCAGUUCAUCCGGCUGGUGGAGCCUGGCUCUCCGGCCGAGAAGGCGGGGCUGCUGGCCGGGGACCGGCUGGUGGGGGUGAACGGCGAGAACGUGGAGAAGGAGACCCACCAGCAGGUGGUGAGCCGCAUCCGCGCCUCGCCGAACGCCGUGCGCCUGCUGGUGGUCGACCCCGAGACCGACGAGCAGCUGAAGAAGCUCGGCGUCCAGGUCGGGGAGGAGCUGCUGCGCGCCCAGGAAGAACCCGGGCAGGCCGAGCCACCGGCCGCCAACGAGGCGCAGACGGAUGGGAACGAAAAUGAGCCUCGCGAGGCCGAGAAGAGCCACUCGGAGCGGCGUGAGCUUCGGCCUCGGAUUUGUUUGAUGAAGAAGGGCGCCAACGGCUAUGGCUUCAACCUGCACAGUGACAAGUCCAAGCCAGGCCAGUUCAUCCGAGCAGUGGACCCAGGCUCCCCAGCGGAGGCCUCUGGGCUCCGGGCCCAGGACCGCAUUGUGGAGGUGAACGGGGUCUGCAUGGAGGGCAAGCAGCACGGGGACGUGGUGUCUGCCAUCAAAGCUGGAGGGGAUGAGGCCAAGCUGCUGGUGGUAGACAGGGACACCGAUGAGUUCUUCAAGAAGUGCAAAGUGAUCCCAUCUCAGGAGCACCUGGAUGGUCCCCUGCCUGAGCCCUUGACCAAUGGGGAGAUACAGAAGGAGAACAGCGGUGAAGCCCUGGGUGAGGCAGCCUCGGAGAGCCCCAGGCCAGACCUGGCCAGAUCCGCCUCAAGUGAUACCAGCGAGGAGUUCAGUUCCCAAGACAGCCCCAAGAAACAGGACUCCACAGAGCCCUCGUCUACCUCCUCCUCUGACCCCAUCCUGGACUUCAACAUCUCCCUGGCCGUGGCCAAAGAGAGGGCCCACCAGAAGCGUGGCAGCAAGCGGGCCCCACAGAUGGACUGGAGCAAGAAAAAUGAACUCUUUAGCAACCUCUGAGUGUCCAUCCAGCCGCUGUCCAAGGCUGGAAGGGCCUAGCCAGCAGCCUACCCGUCAUAGCCCCCCCCAAUCGACAUUCCAAUCAGCACCAGCAUCCCCCUUCUUGAUGAAUCUGAUUUCCUAGACAUUUUGUUCUUCCCUUAAGGUGCUUCUCUGUCCUUUCCCAAUCAAAAAGCAAACUUUCCCUCCUCCCUGAGGGCUUCCCCCUACCAGGUGAACCCUUGCUGCCCAGCCCGGGACAUCCUGAGACCCACAGCCAGCAAGGAUCCUGGAGUCAGACCCUCACGUGUGAUCACUGGGCCAAAACUGAUCAGGAAACAGACUUCAGCAGCCACGGCUUUCAUCCUGAGAGUUGUGGCUUGGGCAUCUUUUGUUUAUUUUUCUUUUCUUUUUUUAGGAGUACAGUCUCACAGAGUUCAGAAGGACUUUUGUUUCCUUGAUUUUCCUGG